GAAAGCACCCAGAAAUGAUCGUAUUAACGACCGCAAAAAAACCGACAUGAAUGGUAGAAACGGCAAGGUCUUCGAUUAGAGAAGCAAGCCGUCUCUUUCUCUCCCCCAUCAUCGUGACUCACACCCCUUUCCGUAUUUUCUCUCUCCCCACUAUCUCUCCCACAAAAUAACUUUCCUAUUACCUUUCAAGCACUGAGUUGAAUACACACACACACCCAUAAACCAAAACACUAAUCUCUUAUUUAUUUACACACACAUAUAUGCAUAUGAAUGAGCAUAAGCAACAAGGUCAGGCUUUUCUUGGAGGACUUGUUUCGCAUCAUCUUAGCUAUUUCUACUGUUGUUGUUGGUUUCAUGAGCAGCAACAGCAGAGUUUGCAGCGAUGAAAGACCGUAGGAAACGAGAUGUUGUUUCAUGGAACAGGUUCUUUUGGUGCACUCUUUUUCUUGUCUUCUCUUGUGUUCUCUUCUCUGGCUUCACUUUCUCCACUUUUCGCUUCUUCUUCUUUGGAGAAAAGUUUCACCCGGAAAUUGUCUCAACAUGGCGGACGCCGGCGAUGGAGGCACUUUCCGACGAUUCUUCUGCGGUCCCGGCACCAUCAAUUCGUGAAACAGUUAUACUUCCAGACCAGGUUCUAGUUUUCCUAAAAUACCCUCCAUCGUCUCGGUUAUUUACAAAAGAGGACCUCCUAUGCGUUUAUCUCUCGGCUAAUAAAUCAUCAUCCCAGUCGCAGCGCAGGCUGCCCCCAAAUCACAUAGACGGUAAGGAUGUCGAUGACCAGAUCGUACGGUGUCCACUCAUUCCACGUGGCUACACUGUUUCGCUAGCUUUGAAAUCUGGCGGCUAUAUCCAUCCGGGACCCACUCACAAGUGGGACUCGCUUGUCUAUGAAGCCUUGAUAGACCGUGAUAAUACUACAGUUGUUUUUGUCAAGGGUCUUAAUCUACGGCCGGAGAAACUUUCUAACGCUUCAAGGUUUGAGUGUGUGUACGGCUGGGAUUUUAGGAGACCCAAGUUUUUGCUACGAUCCCAAGUCAUAUCAAUGGCUCAAGAGAUCGUACGGUGCAAAACCCCUUUGAGUGUCUUGGGUGCCCCACAAAUGGUCAACAGCUCCAUCAAGGCAUCCAUUAGAGUGAAAGGUAGAGGAACAUUACACUCCAUAGCCCGCCCGGGGCUCCGGUCGAAGCCCCAACCUGGUCCACCGGAACGAAAACCACAUGAAAUGUGCAUAUGCACCAUGCUACGCAAUCAAGCCAGGUUCUUAAGAGAAUGGGUCAUGUACCAUGCCCAAGUUGGAGUACAGAGUUGGUACAUUUACGACAACAACAGUGAUGAUGACAUUGAGGAUGUUAUGGAGUCACUAGUCCAGGCGGGUUUUAACAUUUCUAGGCAUGUUUGGCCAUGGAUCAAGACCCAGGAAGCAGGGUUCGCACACUGCGCGCUAAGGGCUCGAGAGUCGUGCGAGUGGGUUGGCUUCAUAGAUGUAGAUGAGUUUUUUUACUCUCCUCUGGGGUUAAGUUUGCAUGAUGUAAUUAGCAAUCAAUCGGGGUCUGGAAAUAACGUUGCUGAGAUACGUACUUCGUGCUACAGUUUUGGGCCGUCGGGGCUCAAGCAUCUUCCGCCACAAGGAGUGAUGGUAGGGUAUACGUGCCGCCUCGGAGCACCGGAGAGACACAAGAGUAUAGUGAAACCUGAAGCAUUGAAUUCCACACUGAUCAACGUGGUGCACCAUUUUCAUUUAAGCGAGGGUUUUAGGUAUGUAAAUGCUGACAGGGGAGUUUUGGCUAUUAACCACUACAAGUAUCAAGUGUGGGAGGUGUUCAAGGAGAAGUUCUACAGGAGGGUAGCUACUUAUGUGGCUGAUUGGCAGAAUGAGCAAAAUGUUGGGUCGAAGGACCGAGCCCCGGGCUUGGGGACCAGAGCUGUUGAGCCAUCAGAUUGGUCAAGUAGGUUUUGUGAAGUGACAGACACUGGGCUCAGGAACCUGGUAUUGCAGAAGUUUAUGGACCCAUUAACCAACCAUUUGCCAUGGGAGGAGCUAGGAAGAGGUUAUGGGAAUUAUAUGCUUAAGAACAAAGAUGAGAUGAGGAUACAUGGAGUGGGACUGUGGAUCAAAACCAAGAAAGACUCCAAAAUGGUGAGUGAAGAACAAAAGGAGAGUCCUAGAGUGCGGAUGCAAUCAAACCCAGUUGACAAUAGCCAAAAUAUGGAGAAUCUUUUCAGUCCCAGAUUCAAAUCCGUGGCUGCCAUGGCUGGUUGGGACGAAGAAUCUAUCCUUUUCGCAAGCCUUAUUGUUGAAGACGCGCCAGAAAGACAGUUCAAACAUAAGAAACGCUCCGAUUUGCACUUCAAGACUCCACCUUCAACCAAUACAAGAAGGAAGCGGAGGGAUCAGAAGAAGAGUCCGAUUUCAAUUCCUGUACCUAUUCUAAAUCUUGACGAAGAGGAGGAACUUGUAAUGAAAGAAAGUGAGAAAAAGAAGACGGAGCCGAGAAUUGCUGUAGAUGAAGAAAAUAAAUUAGGAGGAGACAAAUUAGCUAAAGACAACCCUGAUGCUUCUUGCUCAAACUCAGCUCUUCCUUGCAUGGAUAAACUUAGAGAAGAGCUUUCUUGUGCUAUUUGUUUGGAGAUCUGCUUUGAACCGAGUACCACUUCUUGUGGACACAGUUUCUGUAAGAAAUGUUUGCGAUCUGCUGCUGAUAAAUGUGGGAAGAAAUGCCCAAAGUGCAGGCAACUGAUAGGCAAUAGCAGAUCCUGUACGGUGAAUACAGUUCUUUGGAACACAAUACAGCUUCUGUUUCCUCAAGAAGUUGAAGCAAAGAAGGCAUCGGGCAAGAAAAACCAGAAAGAGCAUCAAAGCUCAGAAAGAAAAACCAAUAAUGAUUUAAUAAGCCGAAACGUUCGGCCUUUAAGAGUGUCAUACAGAGACACAAGCGUCCAGCCUUCUAGGGUGCCAAACAGGGGAGCGAUUACCAAUAGAGGCAUGUUGCGCCAAGAUGACCCUUCUACUAGAGUGUCAAACAGAGAUGCAAGUACGAGUAGAGAUAUGUGGAACCAAGACGAGGAGGAUACUCCAUUGGUGCAAAGAUUGCGAAGAAGAGAAGCUCUUGAGCGGCUAAUAUUAAGCAGAGAAGCAAGUGGGAGGAGAAGAAGAGGAAUACCAAGCCAAGAUGAGGAUACUGCAUUAGCUCUAAGGCUGCAGAGAGAAGAGUUUAUGGAAGCUUUUGGGGGAACUCAAGAGCAAUCAGGAAUCUCUCUUUCAUCAGCUAGAGCAAACUUGAGAGUCAUGGCAUCUAGAGCCGCCAUUAGCAUUCAUUCUAGAGGCCGGCCUAUAUAGUUCUUGAAUGCAGUUCCUUGACAUUUUGAUGUUUGGUUUGUACCACCAAAUCUUUGAUAUUUUGAAUGUAGUUCCUUGACAUUUUGAUGUACCCCAACUCACUACUGGUGGCAAUUGUUCCACACCUAACUGCUCUCCUCAUCUGUUUGCCAUAAUAAGCCGCCAUUAGCAUUCAUUCUAGAGGCCGGCCUAGUUCUUGAAUGUAGUUCCUUGACAUUUUGAUGUUUGGUUUGUACCACCAAAUCCUUGAUUUUUUGAAUUUAGUUCCUUGACAUUUUGAUGUA